AUGGCAGUGGACACCAGCCACACUGACCAAAGCUUUCUUCCCUUUCCACUCAUCACCUUGAGCUUUAUUGCUGCUGCUGCUGCUGCUGCUGCUGCUGCUACUGCUAAUGACCUACAUUCACCACAACUGCCAGCAGUCUUGGCUUCUUUUGCAGGUGCAACACAGGUGAUUCACGAGCGGUUUCGGAACAUCACAGCAGGAGAAAAUGUCACUUUGCAAUGUCGUCUGGCCAAAAAGCACGACGUUGUUCAGAUCACCUGGCAGCAGGAGCAGGGGGAACAAGAGACCAACAUGGCUACUUACAGUGAGGCUGGUGGCACUACAAUACUGAGCAAAUUCAAAAGAAAUGUCCACAUGUCCCAAAGUGGACUGAUGGUUUCUGCCAUCACCUUCCAUGCUACACUCAAGGAUGAAGGCUGUUACAAGUGCAUCUUCAAUGUAUUUCCCAUAGGACCCAUCACAGGCAGGACAUGUCUCAAGGUCUAUGCUCUAACACAACCCCAAGUGACGGUGAAGAGUGUAUUGGAUCCAGGCAAUCCUGAAGAAGAAGUGCUGGAGAUAAGCUGCUCAGCAACAGGGAGACCAGCUCCAGAGAUCACCUGGAAGGUCACCAAACCUCUUCUGGUGGAGCCAAAGCAAUAUGUCACCCAGCACCUAAACCAGACAGUGACCGUUGUCAGCGAUUUUUCUUAUGUCUUCCUCAAAGAUGUCUGGGACAACACAAUAACCUGUGUUAUUCAUCAUCCAUCUUUAAACACUGAACAAGAGGUGACUUUACCUGGGAUUAUACCUGGGAUUAUACAUGUUCAAAAUGAAGAUCUGCUGCCAGGAACUUCUGCCACUAUUGCAAUUUGCAUUUUGGUGGCCAUGUUUUCCCUUGGUCUAUUGCUCUUUUUUAUCUGGUACCGUUGGAGGAGGCUACACCCAGCCAAUGAGAAGCAAGACCUUCUAUGCAUGGUUCUUUCUGUAUGUCCUGGAUGCACGACGGGUGCAAGAUAUUCCUAUACUCAGGAACACGUUGUAGUGGAACCAUUUCCUGAAGAAAGCCUUCUGAACAGAUGAAAUAUAUUUUGGACAAACAACGCCAGACUUUUAAGAAUGUGAACUCAGAAUGUUUCUGUGCGAACAGAGAAUUGCCUGCUGGAUUCUAUAUUAAGUUCAUAUAAAAUCUUCAGUAGGAUCUUCAGGAAUUAAGCUACAUUACCCAAUAUUAUGACUAUUUAUUGGAAAAAUCUGUUUCUAUAGACUAGAAUAAUAAAAACAGAACAUAUUUAUUUGCUACAUAUUUUAUGCAUUGUGGCCACUGGAAUUCUGAAACUGUGAACUCCGAGGGCCAGUUUGCUGUUGUGACACUUAAAAAUGCAGUGGAAAUUCAAAUGAAAAAUGACUCAGUCCAUCUGAUAAAAGUGAGACAGACAUGACUGGCUUGAAGAUAAAGUUCUGAUUCUGUUGCUGGGUUAAGGGAGGUGACAUGUAUGGAAAAUACAUACCAAAAUACUUCAAGACCAUUAAGGGAAAAAGGAAACUCAUUGAACCUUUUUACAUCAUGUGUAUAUAUGUGAGGCAGUCACAAUAAAACAGCUCACUAAAUAUUGAGAAAGCUUGGGUGUAUAUGUUAUAUUGGUGAAUCAUAAUAAG